UUGAUAUUUGCCAUCCUGAAGUCCCCCUCACUGCCAUGACUCUACUCUUGCUCAUUCCUAUGCUAUCCAGAUCCCUUAUGCAAGGGUUAACCACCAUGUUCAUUCUUUCAUCCCUAUUCUAUCCAAAUCCCUUAUGCAAGAGUCAAACGGCAUCUUCAUUAUUUCAUCCCUGUACUGUCCAAAUUCCUUAUACAAGAGUUUACCAGCAUCUUCAUUCUUUUAUCCCUUCCACUGGUAAACUCUGAAACAGCAAUAGCCUCCCUUUGUCUGUAUUUUUACUCCUGCUCAUCCCUAUACUAUCCUGAUCCCUUAUGCAAGAGUUGAGCAGCAGCAUCUUCAUUCCUUCAUCCAGCAGGGAGUUCUCCAGGCACACGCCAGCAUUGCCGCCAAGGACUUCACACUGCACUGCCCGAAACACCCGUCGAGGGUGAUGAGGAUGAGGAGACAGUCAAGAUUGUGCAGUGGGUGAAGAGCAAUGAGCCAAUGGGAGCCACCAUCAAGCAGGACGACCACUCCGGAGCCAUCAUCAUCACCCGCAUCAUGCAUGGCUGACUGCUCCGGCCUCAUCCAUGCUGCCGACGAGGUGCAGGGGGUCAAAACCUUCAAUGUGGAGGGCAAGACACCGGCAGAUGUCCACAAGAUGCUGGUGCAGGCGGAGGGCACCAUGACCUUCAGGCUGCUCCCGGCCAGCAGCUCGGUGCACCUCAGGGAGAGCAAGGUGAGGGUGCACGCCUACUUCCACUAUGACCCCAAGGAGGACAACAAGCACAUUCCCUGCAAGGAAGCCGGGCUGCCCUUCAACAAGCUGGACAUCCUGCACAUUGUGACCCAGGAUGACCCCUACUGGACGGUGUCGUCAGCGGGGUCUUAG